AUUAAUAUCUACGCUUCUCUCUCUGCAAUUACUCCUUGAGAGCAUCUCUCUCUAGAAUAUUGAGUAUUGCUGACUUGAGCGUUGGAGUGUUUUCCCCGAGGAAACAACCUCGGGAUUUUCAGGUGUAGAAGCAGCUAAAGACUUCAACAGUGUUGGAUUGUGAAGCUGCCCAAACAUUUGGCGCCGUCUGUGGGAAACUCGAACAACAAAUUGUGUGACUAAACCUGCUGAAAGACAAAAUGGUCCGUACCUUUACAGGAGGUCGCCCUCCAAGAAAUGAAAUGGACGAACAGGAGAAUGCUCACAUAUCUGAGCCCGGCUUGAAUGACUUUAGGCCAAUGCCAAGAAAUCUUUUUGUAGGAGGAGCCGAACAGGAUCACCUAAGUGAGACGGAUGAUGAAAGAACACCAACUGGGUAUGCAACCCAGCCUGAACAGUUCCAAGUUCCAACAGGAACAAGACGAAGACCUUCUAGACCACACAAUUCACAGCAUGAACGACCUGAAAGGUCAAUAGAACCUGCUCGGACAACCGAGCUCGAAGAGAGAACUAGAGUUCUCAAAAUGGCAAUGGGUAAAAUCCUUGCUCGCCUAAUUCCUGAUGACCCCCUGAUUCCUUUGCUGAACAGGGAUGCACAAUUAGCUGUGGUUGUUGCAACUAGAAACUCCCCCACUCUAAGCAAUAUAGUAGUGCUGACCAGGCCAAGGGGAAGUGGGAAGUUAAAUAUCGAGCCCAGCUCGUCCAAACAUAGUGAAGAAUUGAUGAGAAAGAACGCAGACCUUGAAAGGCAGCUGCGGGAUGUACAGAAAUCCAUUGACGAGCUGAAAAGUCCCAGGUCGCGUCAACAGACUCUGGAUUUGGAUAGUGCACCGCUAAACUUAUCCAUUACGGCAGAACCGUAUCAAGAGGGAUUCAAAAUUCCCCACUUGGAGACAUAUGAUGGCACGGGUGACCCUGAUGAACAUCUGCACACCUAUCAAGCCAUCAUGAGAAUUCAAAACGCCAAUGAUGCCAUGAUGUGCAAAGUGUUCCCAGCAACACUUAAGUCAACAGCCAAGAGAUGGUAUCACAAACUCCCCAAACAUUCAAUAGAUUCGUUUUCCCAGCUCACCAAGCUGUUUUCUAACAAAUUUGCGAGCCAAAGGGAGAUCAAGCGCACAGCAAUUGAGCUGAUGCAAGUUAACCAGAAGGAAGGGGAGUCUUUGAGGGAUUACAUGCAGCGCUUCAACAAAGCCACCUUGGACAUUGAUAAUGUCCCAGACACGAUUUGCCUGUCCGCCCUGUUGCAUGGGUUGAAGCGUGGCCGGUCGGCCAGCUUCAUACUGUCAGAGGACUUUCAGUCGUCCAAGCGACGAGCUGAUGAUAAGCCGAGCAAAGGCCAGGAACAACAACCGAGAAGAGAAGAGAAGAAGCAGAAGGUCAAUGAGCAAUGGGGGAAACCAGCUGAGUUCUCGAAAUAUGCCAGUUACAUUCCUUUGACCUUACCUAAGUCUCAAAUCCUGGCACAAAUUCAGCACUGGGUUAGGAGACCUCCACCCCCACUACAUGAUUCCCCGAGGGCAGACAAGAGCAAGCAUUGUGACUACCACUGUGCGUACGACCGACCUCAAGGACAGAGGUACCAGCACGGUGGGACGCAGGAUGCAUAUCGGGAUAACCAGUAUCCUUCUGAACAGGGUGGAGCAUACCGAGGACUUCCCUUCAACAGGAGAGGACAGGGACCGAGAACUACCGCCACGAAUCAAAAAGACAGGAAAGGGGUAGGUUAUGCUGGGAUACCCCCACCUUUUGGUACCAUAAACAUGAUAUCGGGUGGUGUUCACUCUGGGGGCCAAAGCGCCCGAGCCCGCAAGGCAUACGCCAGGCAGGUGAUGACCAUUAAUAAGAACAGGCCUCUGAAGCGACCAUUCAAGGAGGCGGAGUGGGAAAACACACCCAUUACAUUUAGCCCAACAGAUUACAAACGAGCAGAUGGAGAGCCUGACAUCAUGAUGCCACAUGCAGAUCCUUUCGUGGCAACGGUUCAUAUAGGCAACCAUAACGUCAAUAAGGUUUUCAUUGAUACGGGUAGCUCGCCAAAUAUCCUGUACUGGAGUUGCUUCCAGAAAAUGCAGCUAAAUCCAAGCUCGCUGCAAAAGCACGAAGGACCUAUAUAUGGGUUUGACAAUCAGCCCGUGCCAGUUGAAGGAGUAAUUACCCUUCCCAUCUAUGUGGGCUCGGAACCAAGGUUCAGGAUGGCUUCUGUCACUUUCCUGGUCGUCAAGAUGGAGUCAGCUUUCAACGCUAUACUGGGAAGAGCCACUCUUUGCGAGCUGAAGGCUGUCAUAUCACAACCCCAUCUUUGCAUGAAAUUCUCAACUCCUCAGGGGGUAGGAGUGCUUAAAGGAAAUCAAAAGAUGGCUAGAGCAUGUUAUCAAAACACAUUUAAGAAGGUUGAGCUCGCUGUAGCCCCAAGAGGCUUUGAAAAUAAUAGGCUGACUCAGCCCGGCCAACAGACAAUGAGCAUAUCGGACAUUGAGCAUAGACCCGAGGGAGUCGAGCAGAAAGCAGAGCCGGUAGAGCCAGUAGAAACCGUUCCUUUAAACCCAGAUGUGCCGGAAAGAACAAUAAAGAUCGGCACCAGGCUCACAAAAGAAGAGCAAACAAAGCUUCUGGAGUUUUUGAGGGUCAAUCAAGAUGUGUUCGCGUGGACUACUGAUGAAAUGCCUGGCAUCCCAGCGGAGCUGACAACCCACAAACUCAGCACGAAUCCCACCAGAAGGCCGGUGGUACAGAAACGUCGCCUUUUCAGCCCGGAGAAGCAAGCUGCCAUAGACGAGGAGAUACAAAAGUUGCUACAGGCAGGCUUCAUCAGAAGAGUGGAGUACUCUGAAUGGGUGUCCAACCCUGUGCUCGUCAAAAAACCAAAUGGCAAGUGGAGGAUGUGUAUUGACUUCACCAACCUCAAUGAUGCAUGCCCAAAAGACCCUCAUCCCUUGCCAAAUGUCCAGCUGUUGCUAGACGACCAGGAGAAAACAGCUUUUUACACUGGUGAUGCAAUCUAUUGCUAUGUCAUGAUGCCGUUUGGCCUCAAAAAUGCUGGAGCAACAUACCAGAAGCUGGUGCAAAUCAUCUUUAAGCUCCAGAUCGGCAGAAACAUAGAAUGCACGUUUGCUGUGGAAUUUGGGAAAUUCCUAGGGUACGUGGUAUCCAAGAAAGGAAUUGAAGUAAAUCCAGAGAAGGUGCAGGCCGUUCAGCAGAUGGAACCCCCCAAGACAGUAAAAGAUGUACAGCGUCUGACAGGUCGGGUGGCUGCGUUGCACAGGUUUAUAGCCAGAUCGGCAGAAAGGUGCCUUCCGUUCUUCAAAGCUCUUCGGGAGCCUAAAAACUUUCAGUGGACUGAGGAGUGUCAAAAGGCGUUUGACGAGCUCAAACAGUAUUUGGCAUCCGCACCCCUGCUGUCCAAGCCUGUCGAUGGGGAAUGUUUAUAUUUGUAUCUGGGGGUCACAGAAGAGGCAGUGAGUUCGGUCCUAUUGAGGGAAGAGAAUAAGAGACAGAAGCCUAUCUGCUAUGUGAGCAAGGUAUUACAAGGUGCCGAGCAGAACUACCCACUAGCAGAAAAGGCUACUUUUGCUUUGGUCUGCAUGGCUCGUAAGCUAAGAGCCUAUUUUCAGUCUCACCAGAUUGUUGUCUAUACCGAUCUACCAUUGAGAAAAAUAUUACAGAAACCUGAACUCUCUGGUCGGCUUAUUGGAUGGAGCAUCGAGCUGAGUGAAUAUGACCUGAAGUUUCAGCCACGCACAACCAUUAAAGGCCAGGCCAUUGCAGACUUUCUGGUAGAAUGCAUCUCGGUGACGGAGGUAGACAAGGCGCUUGAUUACCCAGCCUGGGUUCUGUAUGUUGAUGGAGCUGCUAACAUUAAAGGGUCCGGUGCUGGGGCUGUGUUGAUAGGCCCAGAUGGCUUUAAAUCUGAGCAUGCAUUGCGGUUUAAGUUCCAGACCACUAAUAAUGCUGCUGAGUAUGAAGCCCUCAUCUAUGGUUUGAAAUUGGCGUCCGAGCUGAAGGUACAGAGCAUACAAAUUUUCAGUGAUUCUCAGCUCGUGGUGGGCCAGAUCGACAAAAUACCAAGAGCUGACAAUCACCGAGCUGACGAGCUGUCAAAGUUGGCCUCCUCGCGAGACUUUAACCCUCAGAGGUCAACCAUCGUCGAAGUGCUGGAUGCUCCGAGCUACACUGAUUUCACGGUCGAGUGUCAGCUACUAAGCACAGAUCCCUCCACGCCGAGCUGGACUACCCCACUCAUAAAUUAUCUGCAAAGUGGCGAGCUACCUAAAGAUCUGUCUGCUGCGAAAUUGGUUAAACGAAAGGCAGCACAUUUCACUUUGUUAGAUAACCAGCUCUACAAACGAGCAGCCUCAAUGCCCCUAUUACGCUGCCUUACUCCUUACGAAGCUGAAUACGCUGUGAGAGAAGUUCACGAAGGAUUCAACGCUGAUGAUAUACACAUGCCAGGGGAAAUGCUAUCGUCCCUCACAUCUCCCUGGCCCUUUGCUCAGUGGGGUGUCGACCUGCUCGGCCCUUUCAUCAAAGGCAAAGGAGGCUGCACUUUCCUGGUCGUUGCAGUGGAUUAUUUCACUAAGUGGAUAGAAGCCAAACCACUGUCCACGACAACAGAAGGAAAAAUAGAAGAAUUCUUGUUCAAUUCAAUAGUGUGCAAGUUCGGCAUACCUAGGCGGAUUAUCGCCGACAAUGGGCCACAAUUCCGAGCAGCAGCAUUGAGAUCGUUUUGUAACGACUAUGGCAUUGAGCUCGCUUUGACAUCUGUGUACACUCCACAGUCCAAUAGGCAAGCCGAGUCCGCCAAUAAAAUCGUCUUGCGGGGACUCAAGACGCGCGUUUUGGCUGCACGUACUAAUUGGGUUGACGAGCUCAAUAAAGUGCUGUGGUCAUGUCGUACUACUCCCAGCUUGGCCACAGGCGAAACCCCGCUCAGUCUGGCCUAUGGAGCUGAAGCCGUCAUCCCAGUGGAGGUUGGAUUGCCAUCCGAUAGAUCAGAUCGUCACGACAAUCAGAAUAAUGAACAACUCUUAAGAGAGAACCUAGACUUUGUGGAAGAAAUCAAGGAGAUGUCCCGAAUAAGAAACAUGGCACAUCAAAGUCGCGUUGCAAAAUUUUACAAUAAAAGGGUUCGAGCUCGCCAGUUUCAAGUUGGUGAUCUGGUUCUACGCAAGGCUGGGUUAACUAACACUCAUUCACACAUGGGCAAGCUCGCUCCUAAUUGGGAAGGCCCCUAUAUGGUGGUUUGGGUUAAGCGACCUGGCUCUUACGUGUUAGCAGAUAUACACGGGCAUCAGUUACCUUACCUUUGGAACGUACAGAAUCUUAGAAAGUUUUACAGUUAACGAGUAUAAUAUUAUUUCGCUUAAAGUGUUAUUCGACAGUUGUAAACAAAGAUAUACAGGAAAU